AUGCUUAAAAGAACUAUUUUAUGCUUGGCCAUUGCCGCUAUUGCAACAGCUGCUGACACUACUGCCCCCUUGACUGAUUUAGCCGCAUACACCGAUGCUGCCUACCUCAAUUCCGUGAUCAACGAGUAUCCAUAUUUAAAAACAUACUACUCAGAAAUAUUCGGAGCAGAUUGGCAAAAGACAAUUCUGGAGAUUUAUGCUAAUACUGGGUAUUAUUCAGAUUACCUUUCCAACCUCGGCGACUAUAGUGGCCUUUACGAUGGCUAUUAUAGUGAUUACUCUUAUGAUACCGAAUCUUAUCUUUCUUAUAUUGGAUCACUCUAUAGUACAUCAUUUUCCGAUUAUAGUGCUUAUCUUGCGUACGAUUACGGCUUUGAUACCUCAUCCUACUAUAGUUACCUUUCCCUGGUAUAUGGAACGGAUUAUGCCGGAUAUAGCUCAGCACUUGAUGAGUUUAUCGCUACUGAAAUUAGUGAAACCGGUAGACCAGCAACCUCUGCGGCUGGAGGAACAGGUUCGAUUAGUAUUGCAGCCUCCACGACCUCUGCAGACUCCAAAGCUAGUUCUGGUACAGAAUCAGGUUCUGCAACUAAAAUUAGUGGAAGCUCCAUAGCUAGUUCCUCUGAAUCUUCUGGAUCUGACACCAGCUCAUCAAAAUCAAAUGCUGCAUCUGCAUCUAGCAGCUCAGCAUCUAAAAGCUCAUCAUCUGGUAGCUCGGCAUCAGGAAGCUCAGCAUCAGGAAGUUCAGGAUCCUCAACAUCCUCAACAGCUGGUGUGUAUACCGUUCGCGUCCCACUUGUCGGGCUCUUUGCUGCAUUGGCUGCAGCUUUAUAG